CAAAUACCACUACCAUCUCUCAACACCCUCCAGUAAUGGCACAUCCUUCAAAUAGCCCUCCCUCCAUUGAUAGUGCUCCACCUACUAUUUCUAAAACUAUACCUUCUGACAUUUCUGAUGCAAGUGUCCAGUCACAGAGCAAUCGUUCUGCUGGACAUCAUGUGCAAUGGUCAGACCCAUUAGUAUAUACUAGAGGCAUCCCUGCAAGGCAACCUCAAGGAGCUCAUCCUGCAUCACCUACUGUCACUCCAUCUGUUACCCUCAAUCAUUCUGCACAGCAUGGCACUAGAACCAUUGCAGGUGCGAUGGAGGAUCUGAAUUUGGCACCUGCUGCCUCUAGCACCCCAUCUGCUUAUAUGCUACCACACCAAACUUUCCAACCAUUACGCUCUCAGCUUACUAGCACACCCCAAGCUGCUCAUCAAGGUUCCUCCUUUAUUGCUGCACCCAGUAAUCCAAAUCUGCGCUUCAUUUUUUCACGCCGAUUACUAUUAGCUCAAUCUAGGGGAUCUCUCAAUCCUGUUGGUUCUAUUGUCACUGAUGAUAGUCCUGCUACCUCAGGUAAUGUGAGUAUGCCUUCAGUGAUGUCUGAUGCUAAACUUUAUACAGAACUCCAGAGCCUAAUGCCAGUGCCCAAGCAGCCAAAUGGCACUGUGAAAUCUACUACUCAUGUCACUCCCCCACCCAUUCCCACUGUCACGGAAGAUGCCAUUGACCUUACCCUUGGCAGUGAUGAGGAGAACCGUCUAUUGCAAAAGCAAGCUAAGAAUCAAAAGAGCACACAGAAGCAAAGGAAUCAUUGCAUUCAGACUCAGAUCCUAUCAACGUCGAUCAAAGUCAACACAGCCAAGCGCCGCCUCGACUCAGAAUCCAGCGACACCUCCGAAGGCGGUCCUCAAAAGCGCCUAAAGCGAACAGGAGCGCUACAACCUCGUCUCGAUUCAGAUUCAGCGACGAGUGAUAUCGAUCAUAUUUCGCCCGGGCCACGCUCGUCAAUCGAACCGUCGUCGUCUUCAGGCAGAUUUUCGUCCAGCAGUGUUGAAGUUGUCGACGAUGUCGUUCUGGACGGUCCGCGAUCCAUAGUGGAUGCGCACAACAACCAUGCAGAGCCUUCCGUCUCCCUUAAUGAUACUCAAGCACCAAGGCAUUCGGCUCGGGGGAGUGGGGUUUCAGUUGUAAUGCGCAGCUACAGAAGGCCGGCUCCGGGUGGGAGUGCCGUAGCGUCGAGCAGCAGGACCAGGGUGGAGGACAUGGAGGUGUCAGACGACGAGGUCGAAACCGGUGAUCCUCAGCGAGCACUGUCCUAUGCGAGUGUGAUCUCCCAAAAAGUGCGUAUGUGGGCGGGAAAGUUGAAGGGAAUCUCCCGUGCGCAUAUAGAUGCUCUAUUCGAAGAUGACGUAGAGAUUAUGUCCAAAGACCAGAUUUUGAAGUUGCUGAAAGACAUCGACCAGAACAAGGACUGGGCUACUCGUGCGGAAGUCCAGGAGACUCGUCUUGAAAGGUACCUGAUUGCUGUGGUGACCGACCAUUUAGUGAAUGGAACGGAAGCCUACAAGCUCGCAGUGCGCAUCCUAGACAACUUUGCGCAGAGGUUCCGCGGUGAGAGAUAUCCACGAACACGUAGGUGAAGGUGAAGGGAGGAGAACAGGUUACUCGUGGGAUUGAUGCUGCGGAAUCCUGGCGUGGACGUGGUGGAACGAGUUAUAAAAUUUUCGCAGGUGCCAGCACUCUCAUUAGGGGUACGGCCGACGGUUGACAGGCGUUUGUCCGCUUUUGACGUGUGUCGUUGUUUCGUUGUUUCAUAUUCGUUGUUUCUGCUUUUUUUGCUGUGCUUUGUGAUGUUUUCUGCUUUCAAGUCACACAUGCUCUUUGUGGUUUUGUUUCUCAAACGUUGUGUUCUCUGCUUUCAUACACAUACUCUUGUUGUGGUUUUAUUUCUCGAACGUUGACGUUCGCUGUUUUGUGUACUUGAUUGUACCUUUUGCUCUCUUCAAGUUGCUAUAUACCUUCAACAUGUUCCUUCCGAUUGGCUACUCCCCUUUUUGCAUUGGCUAACGUCUCACGAACUUCUGCGUACAAUGAGACCUGUGAAAUUCUGAUCUAUAGUCCUAUG